AUGCCGCACCAACUUGUACAAAUCAAUGAAAUUCUUGUUUGGAAUUUGCACAACUUGCAGGUGACUUCGCUGAGCUUUUAUCGCUUUCAAGACGGCACAUUUGACGAUUUCCUAGAGGCCUUCUUGACGGGAUGCCUUCCUUAUGGCUGUUACUUCGAACACCUGGUGGCCGGUUACUCGCUCAAGGACGAGCCGAACGUUCUCUUUCUCACGUACGAAGAAUUGCAGAGAGACAUACGGGAAGUGGUGAUUCGUCUCGCUAGCUUCAUCGGGGAGCGCUUCGGAAAAGCUUUAAAGGAAAAUGGGUUGGAAGGGCAGAGGCUGUUGGAUUUGAUCAUCAGAAACAGCAGUGCCGAGAGCAUGAAAAAGAUUAUGGUCUUCAACUUCGGCAAGUUCUGUGACCAGGAUGCAGACAGGCGGUUGAGGGCCUUAGACAUCUCCACGAAUUCGGCUCACGAAGGAGACGUGAAGCGCCAUGGCUGCGUCGGAAGCUGCGUGGUGGGAAAGUGGAAGGAGUACUUCUCGUCCGAGCAGCUGCGACGCAUGGAGACCACCAUAAGAAAAAAGACGAAAGGAUCUAGCGUUAUGAACCUUUGGAGAGACAUACGGGCAGAGGCCUUGCGCCUGAGCCGAGAAAAGGGGACACCGGCGACGUUGCCGCGUGUGUGA